UACGAAAGCUGCCUUUUGACUGUUUUGCGGGCAUCUUACUUGUGCUUCUAGAAAGGAAGUUUGUGUCCGAAAUUUGUAACCUUUUUAGAGUAGAAUUUUACCUUAAUUGUUUUCUAGUUCUAUUAUGAUCGUAUUAGGUUUUAUUUGCCUUUAAAUACCGUUCUAUUUCGUUGUAAAAUUCAGACUUUGUUGAAUAGAAAUCGAAACCGUUUGGUUUGUGCAAGUUGCGACUUGUUUUGGGUUUGGUGGAUUCCAAACUUGGUGAGCUUGUGUAUCGAUUGAUAGUCACUUCAAUCGUGGUCGAGCAACUACUCUUUUAUACCAAUCGAGCUAUCCCCGGGUGUGGAUUUGUCCUUUUGGUUCCGUUUUAUCCAAGUUCAUAUUAAGAACACUUCGUUCUUGAUUCGAGCUCAAUCGAUUCUUCGAUUGAGUCCUUAGUUGCGUUACUUUGAUCACAUACACCCCCCCAGGGGAGUAUUAAUAUCUGUGUAGGCAUGAUGUUGACGCUAGACCCCAAAUCGGCUAACAGGUUCCAAAAUAUUUUAUCUGCAAAAGUGCAUGGAAUAGUGAAGAUUUCCGGAUCUCUUAGUUUGGGAGGGAAACCUCCAUACUCAAUGGAUACCGAAGCAACUUCACUAACAGAUACCAUUUCCUCCUCCAUUUCCUCUUUCUCGACAAAAUUUCCUUCAAGAACUUUGUAUAUUUAGGGAUCUUCAAUACCAUGUCUAGUAAAGGAACAGUUACCUUUAAUUGCUUCAAUGUGUCCUUCCAUGGAGCACAUUCAUGAUAAAGACCGCUUUCAAAUAACCAGCUAGGAUAAGGAGCUGUUGAUGUUGGCUCGGGUGCAUGAGUCUUCUUAGAUUUUCCCUCAUCUUCGACAUUGACUUCAAUGAAUGGUUGUACUUCUUCUCGAAUAACUUCUUGAAUAACUUCUAAUGAGGCCCAAGUAGGGACUCAAACUCUCAAGCACGCAGCAAAAGAGGAAUGGCGGAUUGAUGGUGGUUCGUAGUAAUAGUAUGGGUUUUUGCGGAUAAAACGAACCAAGCUAGCAACUUCAACACUAAGGGAAAGAGGCUGGCUUGGGUAGAAUAACACCACGAAAACAAGGGUGAUGGGUUUGAUCUCGAGGUCUGCAAGUCUAGGAUCUUAAUCCAAGACCAAACUUAAGCACUCAUGCUCAAGGGAAACUCCUCGGAGUAAUAUUGAUUCACUUAACUCAAAACGUGUGUUUACAAUUGAUGAAACAUCUAUUUAUAGCCAAGAAUAACAUAACCUAAUCCUAAUAGAACAAUGAAAACUAAUUCAAGUGAAACAAGGAAAGAAACUCGCACAAAACAUACAAACUUGCACGCCAAGUAACUAUCUUCUUCUCUAAGUAAGCUGUUCAUGAAACAACCUUUUGUAUCAUCUUUAAGCUUCUUGUUCAUAGACUUCUGGCCUAAUUCGUGAUCAGCCAAUUCCUUCCCUAGGCUUAGAAAGUUGCCUAGUUCCAUAUGCAUCUCGAGAAAGUUGUUUCUUAAGGUGGAUAUGGUCCUCUGGCGAAUUUGGCGCUCACGUAACUGGGUGGUUUUUGAGGGAAAGCAGUUUGGGUUCCCGGCCUUAGUGAGGUAGCUUAACCAGAAGUUUGAUGAGUGGGAUCGUUUGUCGAAGGACCGUGCGACCAAUUCUGAUUGGCCACAGGUGCAUCCAGUGGGCUAGAUGGGCUGCAGGAAACGAUUUGUAGGUGGGAUGGGGCAACGAGGAGUGGUUCGCAUUCAGCUGGUGGGAUGGUUAUUAUGAAUCAGGCCGAGGAGAUCAUUUUUGCUAAUGGGAUCCAAUUUCGCAUGAUCGAUGACCCUGUGGUGGUGGAAGUCCUGGCCCUCCGUGAGGCGAUUAAUUGGUGUCGUGAUCAUGCAUUCACGGAGGUUCGGUUUGAAGGGGAUGCCAAAGUGGUCAUAGAUAAGAUCUUGCUUGCUGAUGCCAGGGAUAACCAGAUGGGAGCGAUUCUUCAAGAGUUCAUUCAAUGCUUUGCCUGUAAUCCGGGGUUUAGUGUGAGAUUUGUAGGUCGGCAUAACAAUAGGGUAGCCCACUUGGUGGCUCGGAAAGCCCUCUCUUUGUAUCCGUCUAUGAGUCGUGUGUUUGAUUAUCAGACCUGGCUGAAUUCCAGGAUGUAACUACCUAUUUUUCUGAUCACUUGGUUGCAUUCCAAAUUCCAUGAAUCGUCCUCCAAAGUUGGUAUCAACAACACUGUUUUUACCUUAGCCAAAUUCUUGCAGAUUUCGCUUUACAGGAUAGCGUUUUGAUGGCUUCUGAGUACGUUCUUCUUGGCUUCUCCUUGACAUCCCAAGUAUACCAAUAUGUAGAGGAACGUCCCUUCUUUAGCCUAAGAGCUCAAACUCGCAUUUUCAAUGAGCCAAGAAAGAGAACCCUCCCUCCAAAGUAAGGUCCCCAACACGGUUUCCAUAUUUAGCAAUUUUCCAGCUUGGCUUCCUUUAACUUGAUCCCACUUUUGAUUGAUGAAUUGGAACAUGUAGGGAUUUGAAUUUUUGAUCAUAUCAACUUCUUAAUGAACUUCUCUUACCGGGAUCCUUGGAUUUGAAAUAGGAAUAUCCUUCAAUGGUCGGUCACUGGUUAGAGUUACCGCAUGACAUCCUUCUUUUGCGUUCGGCUCGGUAUUUCCCGGUAGAGUUCCUUGAGGUCUCAAUGAGAUAGUUUGAGCCAAUGGAAUUAGUUGAGCUUCAAGAUUUUGAAAUGAAGCUUUUUGAUUCCUUUGACCCGCUUCCAAACUCGAGAAUUUGGUUGAGGUAUUCUAUAUGAACUUAUCAAAAGCUUCAAACUUCUUGUUGGAAUGUGUGAUAAAUUGGCCUACAAAAUCUUCAAGUUUAGCAAGUCGACCGUUGGAGGGUCGACUUUGUUCUUGAUACGCUCCUUGGUAUGUUGGUUGACUCGGCCUUUGGUAAGAAGUUUACAUUGGAGCUUGAGAUUGAAACCCCGGAGGUUUCCUAUCCGUUGGAGAAGACCAAAGAUAGUUCGGGUGAUUCCUCCAUCCCGGAUUAUAUGUCAAGCUAUAAGGGUUGUUUCCUCGAGAUUGACUCCAAAAAAAUUGGCUUGCUUGAAUUUUAUAGAAGCUUCAAUCAUAGACUUGCAUUAUUCCAUAUGACUCGAGUCACCAAACCAAUCACACUUCAUAACUUGCUUCCCAUUGCCCUUCAUUGACGAUGCAACUUGAUCAAUUUUCUUGGAAAGUUCUCGAAUAUGGGCUGAUAGAGACGAUGGUUCGUCAAUCUUCAAUAAACUUCCCUUUGAUAUGCUCUUACCUCUUAUUCCGUCACCCCAAUCAUAGCUAUUAAGAGCCAUCUCUUCGAUUAACUGUUGAAGUUCUCCGACUUCUUUGUUCCGAAUGGCACCUCCACUAGCCGCAUCAAUGAGGCUCCGCGAUUCCUUUGUUAACCCAUUGUAGAAGCUUUUGACAUGCAGCCAAUCGACUAUGCCAUGGUGAGGACACUUGAGUAGGAGAGAUGAAAAUCUUUCCCAUGCUUCAAAGUUCAAACAAUGGUUCAUCCUCCUCUUAACAAAACAUAGUGAUCUCACUUCUCAUCAAAGUCAUCUUAGAAGGUGGAAUGUACCUUGCAAAGAACUUGUUGCAUAGAUCAUCCCAUGAGGCGAUUGAGUGAUGUGGUUGUUAUUCAACCACUUCUUUGCCACUCCAUUCAAGGUAAAUGGGAAUAACCUUAGUCGGAUAGCCUCUUGAGGAACCCAUUCACUUUGAUUCCAUCCAUCAACUCAUAAAAUGGCUUGACAUGCGCAUGUGCAUCUUCACUCAUCAUCCCAUUGAAUUGAAAUGCACUUUGAAGCAUCGAUAUCGUGCCCGACUUAAUCUCAUAAUAAUUGUUGGGUAACAUCAGAUGAAGAAUAGGUGAUUGAACAUUGUCCAUACUUGGCCUAGAGUAAGAACCCAUUGUUCUUGGCCUCGGUGGUACUUGAGCUUGAUGUUCCGUCAUUGGUGGAGAUUGAGGUAUUGUAACUCGUCUUAGAUUCCAAAGGGUUCUCUCGAUUUCAGAAUCAAGAGGUAAUAUUUUU